AUGGAAGUUGAAACAGAUGUAACUACUACAAGCAAUACUGCAGGAUCAACAACUACAGCCGAACCAACAUUUUCACCACCAGUAUUAACAGAAGGUGAAGUUUUCGAUCCAUUAAAGAAUUUAAAUGAAAAACAAUUGGAAGCUUUCAAAGAAAUGAAGAAUCUUUUCUCUGAUUUAACAGAUCCAACAGAUAUCGAAUUUUGUACUGAUAUGUGUCUUUUAAGAUAUUUAAGAGCUAGAAAUUAUACAGUUGCAAAAUCAGAAAAGAUGUUAAGAGAUACUUUAGAAUGGAGAAAGAAAUAUAGACCACAAGAUAUUCAAUUAGGAGGUGAUAUUAGAGAAAUUGGUGCAGAAGGUUGUGUAUAUGUUAAUCAAAGAGAUAAAAAAGGAAGACCAAUCAUUUGGGCAGUACCAAGAAAUGAUACACUCAAAGAUGUUCCAAGUGAUAUUAAAUUUAAAAAUUUAGUUUAUUGGAUGGAACAAGGUUUCAAACGUAUGGAUGAAUCAAAAGGUAUUGAACAAUUUUGUUUUAUUGUCGAUUAUAAAGAUUUUUCAAGUGGUAAUAUGGAUAUGAAAACUAAUUUAGAAGCAAUGCACUUUUUAUUAGAUCAUUGCCCAGAGAUUGGGUCAUAUUUCAUUGCCACACCCUUUCUUGCUUGGGAAUAUCCCAUCUACGGAGGUCAAUAUCAAAGUAGAUCCCUCAUCAAAAAAAUACGGUGGAUGCAUCAUGUUUGGGAAAAAUCAUUAGGUGGGGAUUUGGAUUAUACUUAUAAUAUCGAUAACUAUUUAUUAGAAAAUCCAGAUCCAAUCGUUGAAAGAAAAGAAGGUGAUGAACCAGAGCUCACUUCAAAAGAGAAAAAAGAAAAAGAAAAGAAAGAGAAAAAAGAAAAAAAGAAAGGAGAAAAAGAAGAAAAGAAAAAAGAAAAAGAAGAAAAGAAAAAAGAGAAAAAAGAAAAGAGAGAAAAAGAAAAGAAAGAAAAGAAAGAAACUGUAGAGGAAGAGGUUGAUUAA